UUCUUUCAAGCUACGGAACCAAUGGAGAGCAGCAACGAUUUCCGAUCAAUUCUGCCGUUUUUGCCGCUAAUCCUCCGAUCCUCCGCCGUGUUCUGGCCGCCCUCGGUGCUGGAAGCUCUCAAAUCACUCUCCAAAGGUCCGAUUCACAGCAAUGUCAACUCCGGUCAACUCUUCGCCCUCGCCAUUGACGACCUACGCAAUUCUCUAGGGUUUUCCUCUCUUAAUCUCUCCGCCUCCCUCGGAUUCUCCCUCUUCUUCGACGACUUGAUGAACAAGGAUGAUGCUGUGAAGUGGUUUACAGAAGUGGUUCCGAAACUUGCUGAUUUACUGUUGAGGUUGCCAGUUUUGUUGGAGACACAUUAUCAGAAUGCCGGAGCUUUCAACGAAACGGACACUGGUCUUAGAUUAUUCGAAUCACAACAGUCAGGCAUCGUCUUUCUUAGCCAGGAGUUGAUUGCUGCCCUUCUGGUUUGUGCUCUUUUUUGCUUGUUCCCAACCACUAAUAGAGGCGCCAAACAUCUUCCGCCUAUCAACUUUGAUAAUUUAUUUCUAUGUCUAUACGAGUACUACGAUGUGAGUCAAGAAAACAAAAUAAAGUGCAUCCUCCAUUACUUUGAGAAGAUAUCCUCGGAUAUGCAUGUGGGUAAUGUCUCGUUUGAGCGUAAAGUUCUCCCUUUAAAGAAUAAUCCAUCUUGCAUAGUUUACCCAGAAGCUGAUUUCUGGAGCAACUCAACCCUUUCUCUUUGCAUGUUCGAGGUUUGCACUUCUGGCUUAAUUGAAGAUCACUUAACCGAAGCCCUCGAAGUAGAUUUCGCCAACAAAUACCUCGGAGGCGGUGCUCUAAGCCGAGGCUGUGUACAAGAAGAAAUCCGUUUCAUGAUCAAUCCAGAAUUAAUCAUCGGCAUGCUUUUCUUGCCUUCAAUGGCUGAUAACGAGGCUAUCGAGAUAAUCGGUGCAGAAAGGUUUUCAAACUACACCGGCUAUGCCAAGUCAUUCCGUUUUUGCGGAGACUAUGCGGAGAAAAAGAGCUGCGAUACAAUGGGAAGGCGUAAGACAAGGAUAAUUGCAAUCGAUGCUCUUUGCAACCCUGGAAAGAGACAAUACAAACUCGAAUUCCUCCUUCGUGAAACUAACAAGGCCUUGUGUGGCUUUCUUGAUACUAACAAAAGCCGACAAAAUAAAAUGCCAAUUAAUGAAAUCGGAAACGAUAUUGCGAUUGGUGUUGUGACGGGUAAUUGGGGGUGUGGUGCGUUUGGGGGAGAUCCUCAAGUUAAAGCUGUGAUCCAAUGGCUGGCGGCUUCUCAAGGACUAAGGCCUUUCGUUUUAUAUUAUACAUUUAAUUUGGAGGCGUUGCAGAAGCUUGAAGAGGUAGUACAGUGGAUUAUAUUACACGAAUGGACUGUGGGCGAGCUUUGGAAUAUUUUGGUGGAGUAUUCGAAUCAAAGACUGAAAGGAAAAACUAAGGUUGGUUUUUUCAGUUGGCUUCUUCCGUAUUUAUACAACGAUGAUCCAAUGAAUUUCGAUUAACGGUUUCGAGAAUUCUUCUUGUACAUCAAAGUUUGCCCUUUUUUUUUUUGAAGUAUGUUUCCAUUGUAGAUAUAAUGAACAAACUUUAAUUGACAUGGUAAGUUUAGCAUUUGGGUAGUGAUUAGGGCAUGUUUUGCAGGUCAGUUGGUACUAACGUAUGUUGUACCUUUUAAUUAUAUUUCAAAUAUUGUUACCGACGGAGACAAUAUAUUCAACAGACAGGUCUCGUCGAUGUUACAUGUGGUGAAA